UCACUCAUUUCAAUCUGCAUCUCAUUCCUCCAUUAACAGAAUACACAGAGAAGAAGAAGAAUCAUCAAAGUUUGUGAAGGUCAUCAAUAUUCUGCAACAUAUUUCAUCAAAGAUAGCUAUGGCUUUCCAAGCAGAAGAUCUCAACCUUGAAGCCACCGAGCUCAGAUUAGGUCUGCCCGGAACCAAGGAAACCGAGCAACAGAAGACCAACAACAAAAGAGCAUUGCCAGUUGAGCCUGAGUCCAAUGCUUCUUCAGCUCCCAAGCCUCCUCCCUCCAAAGCACAAGUAGUUGGAUGGCCACCAGUGAGAUCUUACCGGAAAAACUGUUUCCAGGCGAAGAACACCGACGGAGAGAGCAGUGGGAUGUUCGUGAAAGUCAGCAUGGAUGGAGCUCCUUACCUAAGAAAGAUGGACCUGAAGGUUUACCAAGGAUAUCCAGAGCUGCUUAAGUCCUUGGAGGACAUGUUCAAGUUCAAAGUUGGUGAAUAUUGUGAGAAGGAGCUAGGGUACAACAACAGAUCCGAGUUUGUGCCAACUUAUGAAGACAAAGAUGGGGACUGGAUGCUUCUUGGAGAUGUUCCAUGGGAGAUGUUCUUCACUUCAUGCAAGAGGCUGAGAAUCAUGAAAGGUUCAGAAGCCAAAGGCUUAGGUUGUGCGGUAUGAUAUCGAUCAAUCCUUUCGAGAAGUGAAGAAAUAUACACAGAUCGAAGAGAUCGAACAUAAUUGCGGUGAGCUUGAGCUUUCGAAGAAACCUAACAGAGAAAUGAUGGUCUUCCAUUUGUGACGCAAAGAUCAGAGAGAAAAAAAAUGUCAGAAGGAGAUCAUAAAGAUUUUCAUGUAAAGUUUAUUUUGCCAUGUCUUCUUCAAAGAGAACUGUAGAAAGAAUAGAGAUGAAAGUUUGAACAAAAGAAGUUUCACAAUUUUCUUUUCAUUACAUAUAUCAGGGAAAUGAUCAUAGUAUUGUACAAGUGUCAUGAUAAUAUAUGUUACUUUGAAAAGUUAUUUGUGGA